AUGUUUCGGUGCUCUAGGCCACAAUGUCGACUUUCCCAGAGUCGACAAAGCUACUUGCGAGCCUACUCCACCCCAGUCAACCAAAUUGUGGAGAGUCUCCAUUCCGACAACUCUUCGGCAAUACAACAUCUGAACGAGUUGCUGCAAAAUACACCCAAACCCCUACACGACACAAGAUUCCGGGAAAUACGACAGCAGUGCAGUUAUGAUAGGUAUAAGUUGAGUUGCUUGGAAUUUAUGUGCGGCUCCGGAUCCGCAAGAAGGACAAAGACGUUCUCCCAGGUGAUGUUCAGCAUACAGAAGGACUUCAGGAAGUCCCAGACUGUGGAAGAAGAACUGCUUAAAAUGUGUGAAACAUUAGUUCUGAUGCCUCAUUCGGUUAAUGACAACGAUGUGGCCCCUUUUCCGGUGACUAGUGCAGCAUUAAAAGUUAUUGCGAAAAAUGUUGAAAGAACCAACUAUGCCAGACUUUUUGACCUGCUUCUGCGACUGAAAGUGAAGUUUCCGAGGGAUGAGUCUCAUAUAGAGAGUAUUUUUGACACGCUGUUGUUAGGAACUGAAAGAGAGAGAUUUUUGGCCAUAUUUGGGAGAUUUCCCGAGGAUUACGAACGUUUAGAGACGAUGACCCACCCCACAGCGCACAUUGCGAGUCAUUACAACCUCUAUAUGCUGAACAGAGUUGUUUCCAAAUUGACAAGUCUGAAACUGGAAACACUGGCAAAGAUGUAUCUGGACAUAUACUACAAUGCGAUUCGUGAGGGCAUGCACGGUUUGACGCCAAGUGAAACCAAGCGGGUUGAAACGCAGUACAACAUUGCAUCCUUGCGGUAUAUCAUGAGUUUUGGCGGGCUUCUUGAUGCGAAAACGGCACUAAGAUCUAUUGAUAACGGAAGCAAAGUCUUUUCAAGAAAGGCCUAUCUGUUAUUCUUGUCAUACUUUAGGAAAAAGCACGAUCUCGAGAACUUCCUGCCCAUAGUGGAAAGCCUGGUUAGUGAUCCUUCUACUCUCACCCUCUCUGCAAAGGUACUGGUCUCAACAGAAUUGCUCCUGCUUCUGAAAGGAGUAUCACCAGAUAUGACUCCGCUUGAAUAUAGUAGUCACAUUUGUGGAUUCUUUACCGGAACCCCAAAUUUGCUGCGGGAUUUGGGAAUCACAGAUGUUCUCUAUUCCGUCCCUGGAAACCAGUUGACUGCUGCUAAAAGCGAUGAUGAUCAGUUAAAAUCUUUGAAAGAGAAUCUCAAAACAAAGUCUCUGCCAAAGUCACAGUUAUUGGCGUCUCUCUAUGCUGCCAUCUUUCAACACCAUACUGUCGAAAAGGAAGACAUCGAGUCGCUUUUCACCAAGCUCAUGCAACUGGCGGAGCAAACUCAGGCAUACCCCGCUUCAGGACAUCACACCUUGUCGCCUACAAAUUUCAGUGGCCAGGUGCUGAACUCCUUUGUUUGUCACUUGGUGGUCAAUCGUCAUAUGUACAAUGAGGCAUACGAUCUGGCUAUGAUAUAUCUGAAUCACAAAGUGAGUGUGAUGGGCGUGUUCCCGGAAACAUUUUCCUCGAUUAUAUAUUGGAAGUCAACCACGAAUGUCAUGGAGGCUGCGCACCUGUAUCUGGCUCUGAGCAAGAAACAGAUUCCAAUGAGUCACCACUCUUUGGUAGGUUUGAUCCUUGCAUUACUGGAAAAUCAGCAUGAGGCUGAGGCCAGAGGUUUUUUUGAGAUGCUGACGAAAUCGUCCUACGAUUUCAAUGAUGGAUAUCUCAUCCAUGAGGCUGUGAAGCGCGGUUGGUCAAUACCGAAUCAUCUCGAGCAUCUCAAGAAUGGCGAACCCGUGACUGAGGAAUACAAAGUCAGAUGGAAGCUUGAGCUUGACAUGAAAGCGAAACUGCUGGGAAUUCAUAGGUUAAUUGCCAAGCCAGAAUUUGAGAACGCAACCAUAAAUGCGAUGUCGGACCAUGACUCCUUUAAGGAUACCCAACCCGAUGAAGAGUUCCUGCCUGACGAACUUCUCGUGUGA